CUGACCUCGCUCCACGUUGACCACGUCGCUCUCGCCUCGUCGCUACCUGCCAAGGGACGCCCACGCUCUCCUCGCUACUCGACCCACGUAACCGAACCUUCCUUGCCCUUCAUCGUUUCUCCGUCUCCUUCAGGUGAAAGCCAAGAAGAAACGGAUAUCAUCCAUCAGCGAUCAGCAGCAGCUCAGCAGCCCACCCUCGGACCCCCGAAUCGAUACGCCCAAACACGAAAAGCGCUCCCUUUCUUUUCGGUCCGCUUCAAUAUGCCGAACGACUAUCAACAACAACCUGAUCAUCAUCAUCGCCAUCAUCAACAUCAACAGUCUCGGGACGAGAUCGAUACUCGAGUCAUCAACAACAUAUUCCCCUCAAACAGCCACAGCUACCAAUCAGACACUCGUCGGACCGCUUCGCCCAACUUGCAGCAAGAUCCUCAUCUCCUCUCAGCAGUGAGAGAUUCGGUCCAUAUCACGACUCCCGGUUCCACCGAGUCAUCGUCCCAUCAGUAUCAGAAUCAGUAUCAACGAGCUGGGGCCGAGAUGAGACGGAGCAACUCUCCGUUCGACGACAAGUACGCCACGGGAAAUAGUGUUGGCACCACAGUGGUGGACCAGCCGGCAGGACAGCCUCACAAUCAACUGGGUGGGAUCAUACAUGCCAGUGGGGAGAGCAGCGGGGUGGUGGGAAAGGAGAGGGUCAGGUUUGAUCGAUCAGCCCCAACUGGUCCUACUCGGACGAGCUCUGCCACCUCGACCAUGAACAGCACCUCCAACCCUCUCCUCCGUCGUGCCCCAGCUUCAGCAGACGCUAUUCCGCACAGCACCUCUACCUCUACCAUCCGCCUCGUCGCUCCCGUGGAGAAGCGUCCCUCGAAGCACGCCGAUCUUAUCGAUAAAUGGGACGGCUCAGGCUUCGGCAAGUCGAUGUUGCACCACUCUGGACCUUACGAUGCGGCAGCUCCUUCGAGGAACGAUGCGAAAGAGCGUGGCGCGGAGAGGGCUCCGAUGGGGGUGUUUGAUCCGAAAAAGGGGAGCAAGGUCACUGAGCUAGACGUCAGGGCCUGGAAUCUAAAGGCUGCUAGCGCUGCUGAGCCAGGGAUGGGAUCGGCCUUGCCCUCUGCUCAACCUUCUUCAGGAGGACUAAGUCAGACGCAGAGUCGGCCUCAGCAUGGAAGGUUCAGGAGUGGCAGUAUUACCCGGGUGAUGGACUCGAAGGCCUCUCCAGGGUUGGAGCAAGAGGUCGUCAUCCCCUCUUUACCCAACAGCGGAGCUCUGCCCAUGACCGCUCGCCCAUCACGUCCCGGUCGAAAAUCAUCCAUCAACUCUCCAGGCAUAUACGGCUCGUUGCAAGAGGAAUACUCGAACAACUUGCCUAGCAGCGGGGGAUACUUUGACAAUUCGGGAAGCCCCAAUAGAGCGGUUGGAUCGCCAGGAAGGCGAAUCUCGAUGGGCCCCGGUGCGGAUCUCGAGGAAGAGGAAAAGAGGGUGAGGCAGAGGGAGAGGGAACAGAAGAGACGGGCUUUGCAGGCUGCUUGGGGGAUCGAUGAGCCUGAACCGUACGAAGAUUUCGGGGGUUUCGCUCAGAAUGAUGUGGACUCCAUUAGUCUAAAUGACAACGCCGAGCCGAUCGUGCCGGUCAACGAGGGGCCGCGCUCGCCAGGAAAAUCAGGCGGGCUUUCCCUUGGAGGGCUCAUGCGCACAACUUCGCGAAACGCCAACGGGAAUACUAGGUACACACCGAGUCCCGCCGGCGAAAAGUCGGAAUACUUUGCUGGGACCGGCAGGCCUCCUAUGGAUGGAGAUCGGGUCUUGGGCUCUGGGACGGGCUUCGACAGUAAUGGAAAUGGCAAAGGAGUCAAGAGGACGCGGAGCUUGAUGCAGAGGUUCCGAGCGAUGCGAGACAACCCGAACGUGCCCGUCAAUUCGGAUGCAGCUAUGCCUUUGCCUCGAGCGGGAUCGCCUGCAAGUGCAGGGAAAGCUGGUCGUCAUUCGCCAUGGAACGAGGAUACGCUCGGGAUCAUGGGGGACAGUUCGACGCCGACCAACGGGCAACAACCAAGCGAAGCCGUCACGAACCCACCUACAUUGCAACUCGGCCGCGAGAAGGACGAGGGAGGUGUGCAACGCCAACGGUCGUUCUUGGGACGAAGAAAGCCCAGCCGGAGCAAUGUCGCCGCCGUACCUGCGAGUCCUGUCGAGCCGCAAGAAGAGAUCCUGAUCACGCACGAACCUGAGCCUCGCAAGGCUUCUCCAAGCUAUGGCGGGAUGGGGGGCCGGGACAAGGCGCUGCCUCCACCUCCGGCGCCUGUCAUGCCCGUCUUCGAGGAUCAGUUUGCGGAUAUGACGCUCAAGCCGCCUACGGAGGGAGCAGGUGUGCAGAGAAAGACGAGCCUGAUGAAGAAGCUCAAAGCGAGGAUAGGGUAAUCGGAGGAUUUAUCCAGAUUGGAGCACUGUUUGGACGUUUUCUUUUCAUAUUUCGCGAUAUUUAACGACAUCAAAUGGGAAUGAAAGGCACAUGUUUGGUCAAAGCCUUAUGAAAGGCUUCCUCUAAUUAAUAUUGAUGAUUGUCUGAUGGGACCUCUACUGAUUCAUACCGGUCAGACCCUUUCACGAUCGUGAUGUACGGC